AUGGCAUCUCUUCCUCUGCCGCGGGGCACAUGGCUCCUAGUUCUCGGCAUUUGCUUGGUGAUGCUUCCUGGCAAGGCCGCUGCCUUUGGAGCUGGAAACAUCCCAUCUAUAGCGCAGGUUGAAGGACACAACUGGCGUCAUGGAGAUAUCGAGGACAUGCUCACCAGCCUCACCUUCUUGCACGGCAGCAAAUGGACAUCCAUGUUGAUUAAACGGACCUACUUUGGCAAUUGGCUGCGCGACUACUCCCAAGCCGUCGACGUCGGCAGUCUCAAGGGCGUCAAUGCCGCAACCAUUCGCAUUCUCGUCUGGGUCCUCUCAUUCAUGGCCUUCGGCUACGCCACCGAGGAAUUCGAAGUAACAGAAGAACGCCUCGGCUGCUACCGCCCUGAAGAACAUAUCGACAACCCCCUAGGAUAUGCUGAUGGCCUCGACGCCCGCAAAUUUGACCCCCGCCUCCGCGGGCCAGUCGAACCUGUUGAAACGGAAAUCGACAUGAAGACGGGCAUGAAGAACUACAUUGCCAACGAGACAGGGCAAUGGGCCACCAGCGCGGGAUACAUCCGCUUCAGCUUCGCCCGCAGCAUACACUUUGGCCGGUUGUACACGAGCGGUCAGCACGGCAAAGGCAAGGACGAGAAUCUCUGCGAAGCCCUCCGCUGUCUUGGCCAAGCCCUCCAUUGCCUGGAGGACUUUGGUGCUCACAGCAACUACUGCGAGCUGGCGCUCCGCGAACUCGGCUACUCCAACGUGUUUCCUCACUGCGGAACGCAAACUGAGAUCAACGUCCACGGCAAGAGAAUCUACCCCAUCGUCACGGGCACCUUUGGCGCCGUCGACUUUCUGCACUCCGUCAUCGGCGAAGCGAACGACCACUUCACCCAAUCUGAAGUCGACGAGGUUGAUGUCGCGCUGAAGAAUGCUGAAGGCGCAAGAAGCGGCUCCGUCGCCACUGGUGAUCGCGGACUCUUCGACGGCUCCGGUCCAACGGACUUCAUUUCCUUGCUGUCCAAGCUCCCCGACGUAGGAGGCAGCUUCGCAUCUGAAGCCCAAGAACUGAAAGCCGCGUCAGAAGCCCAAGAGCGAGAGAACCAGCGCGCCAGAGCCGACAACGUCAACAUCGUCCCCGGCAUGAGCCCCGAUUUCGAUCCCGUCAAGACGGCGAAGCGCAUCUACCCGAUCCUCGUGUUCAGAGACAAGAUUGUCAAGGCCAUCAGCCGUGGCAUUGCCAAAGUCCCCGGCCUAGAGAAGCUUCUCGAGCACAUCAGCGAGACCCUAACAGCCUUUGUUCUCGGCCUGCUCGCCCCCUUUAUCCGCCCCAUCAUCAACUCCGUCACCAAAGUCCUCAAGGACGGUUCAUCCGGCGUUAUUAGCGCCAGCUCCAAGUCCCAGCUCGAGCCGUGGGAAAACGACCGAUGCUCAGACCCAACACACUCCAUGCUCUCCAAAGACCACUUCACCAAUGUCCUCAACUCGUGUGCCGGCCGCGUCGCCACCACUAUCCUCCAAUAUGCCGUUCCCCGCGUCCUCUUCGCCUGGGAAAACCCCAACGUCCCUGUAAACGAAGUGGUCGAUGACGUCCUCCGCUCAUUCCACCAUCCCGCUCUGCGCAACGAAAACAUCGAAAUCCAAGCCGAGAUGUACAAUACAGUCAGGAAGUGGGCGGAUGAGCACCCCCGUCGCCACGAACUCAACAACAUCCUCUCCUCAGCAUCAGUCAAGGCAGGCAAGAACCACGUCCUCAAGCAAGGUACCAAGGCCAGCGGUGGUCAUUCCCACGGCGCGUUCGACACCCUCAGCCAACUAGGCCAUGGUAAAGUGGCAGGUUCACUGUGGUCGCAGGUCCGUACUCGCGAUUUGGACUCCCUGUCUGGAAAUGACGGUGAUCAAGCGUCCAAUUAUGUAUCCAGCUCGCCUGCUCCGCAGACAAGUAAAAUGCCCACGCCACCUUCGUACUCAUCAACCAGCGGAGAAGCAGCUUCGUAUAUGAAUGAGGCGAAUACUUUCCAGGCUGGGUAUAAUGCUCCGCCUCCGCCGGGACAGUACUACGAGAGUUAUGGACAGCAACCACCUCCAGGAGGUCCGCAGGGAUAUCCAGGACCAGGACCUCAAGGCUAUGGGCCGCCGCAGGGACAGUGGCAACAACCUCCCCAGGGGUAUGGCGGGCAAGGAUACGGUCCUCCUCAGGGAGGAUAUCCGUAUGGUCAGGGACAAGGCCAGGGACAACCACCUUCUUGGAAUCAGUAUUCCGGCCAGGGACGGUAUUAG